CACAUGCAUGGCAUUGGGCCGAGGUCGCCAAUUCCCUCGCCACGUGCCUUCCUCCUCCUCCCAUGGCCCCUCCGAAAGCGCUCCGUACCAAGCAUCCCGAGCAAAGCCCAUGGCACGGCGAUCACUCGCCGCGCCUGCUUCGGGGAGAAGGAUCGUUCGCUGCACUCGCUCUGGCCUGGCACUUGCGCUGGUCUGUGGUGACUGAUGCACUAACGGCGACUUGAGCAAUCUCGCACGUGGUUUCAUCGUCAACACGGCUCUCGGAUCGACCAUGGCGGAGAGGCAGCAGCCGCAGCAGCAAGGACCGCCCGCGGCAGACGCGCAAACGGAGGCGCGUGCGGCGUCGGUGGAGGCGGUGCAGGCGGCGCAGGAGGCGGAGGAGGCGAGUAAGCGCGCGUACGUGAAGCAGGCGCAGGCGCAGGAGAAGAUGCAGGUGGCAGCGCAGGUGGCGGCGCAGCAGCAGCAGGCGGCGCGGCAGGCGGCGAGCAUGGCGGCGAGCGAGGCAGCGCGCGCGGUGAGGGAGGACGAGCGGGCGGCGGGGCGGCAGCAGCAGGAGGAGUCGGCGGUACAGGGCAUGAUAGCGCAGCAGGCGGCGCACAUGGCGGUGCAGCAGCAGGCCAUGGUGACAGCCCCAGCAGCGGCGUCUUUCCCUGGCGGCGGUGUCCUGGCGGCCCCUGGGGCUGCCAUGAGUGGAGCAGCAGGGGCGGUGCCAUCGUUCCCAGCAGCCAUUCAGGGCGAGCAUGCGGGGGCGGCAGCGCAGGCGUUUGUGGCGCAGAUGGCGAGUGAGGCGGCGGAGACCGCGGCGCAGAGCAUGGCAGCGGCGCAACACAUGGCGGCCGCUGCUCCCAAUGAUGCGGCCGUGCAGCAGGCAGCAGGGCAGCAGGCGGCGUUAUCAGAGGAGCAGAUGGCUCUGGCAUGCCAACUGGCUGCUGCAAGCAACGACCCUGCCAUGGCGUUGCACACUGCACAGGUCAUUCACCAGUACCAGCUGCAAAUGGAGCAGCAGCAGCAGCAGCAGCAGCAACAGGCUCAGGGCCAGCAGUAGUCUUGAGAGUACUGUUGGACUUCAAUGCUUUGCAUCUUUUGUGCAUUGGCGAGUUUCAAUGUGAAGCGCGUGGAAAUGGUGGCGUUUUGGAGCAAUAAUGAUUCUGUUGAGGCGAUUCAGGCACAUGGCUGAGUGCAUGUAUGGAAUUAGAAGAAUAGCAAGUGUUUCUAAUAAAAGUUCUCCCACAAU